ACAUAUUAUUUGACAUGCCUCCCCCUUUUUUGCACCACCCCCUCGCGCCUCAUAAGUAAUGAACAGUCCCUUAGUAUUAAAUUAUUAUAUGCAGUAAGUGGAGACUUCCGGGUAAAUCCAGUAGGUGGCGGUAAUGCGCCAUUUUGAAUUCCAACCGCCAAAAAUAACCGAAGAAGAAGAAGAAGAAGAAGAAGAAGAAGAAGUAGAAGCAGCUUCAUUCAUACUCAGCAGUUUGACAAUCCGGUUUAACAACAUGGACUUGGCGUAUAGUCCGUUGGGCCUGGGUCUCGUCGCAGGACUCGGCUGUGGGCUCCUCCUCGGCUGGCACCUUCGGGCUCGCUUGGGCCAGACAUCCAAAACCGUGAUGGCAGCGAUGGGGAAUGGCACCGGUGAAGCAAGUGUGAUGGGAGAAGGCGGCGAGUUCAAGAUGAUCCUGGUGGUGCGAAAUGACCUGAAGAUGGGUAAAGGGAAGGUGGCUGCCCAGUGCUCCCAUGCUGCUGUGUCGGCUUACAAACAGGUUCAGCGUAGGAACCCAGAGCUUCUCAAACAGUGGGAGUACUGCGGUCAGCCCAAGGUGGUGGUGAAGGCCCCCGAUGAGGACACCCUGAUUGAUCUGCUUAGUCAUGCCAAAGAAGUGGGGCUUCCUGUCAGCCUGAUUCAAGAUGCAGGAAGGACACAAAUUGCGCCUGGGUCACGCACCGUGCUGGGCAUCGGUCCCGGCCCGGCUGAUCUGAUCGACAACGUCACCGGGCACUUAAAACUCUACUAGGGCUUGAGUUUACGUCAGUCUGACUUGCAUACAACAUCUUAGUUGUUAAAGCUAUUUGCAAUGGAAACUAAGUUGGGCGACCAGGAGUUUAUAUUUUUUUUACACAACAAUAGUUGCCUCGAUUACAUGUUAUUUACUUGAAUUUUUGGUGCAGUUUUUGACACAUAUGCCUAUCACAUUUGUUGACUCUUGAAAAGCAGUAAUAGGAGGUUGAUGUGUUUUACUUUACUGUGAUGGUAACAGAAACACCCCAGACACUGUGUCUGAAGACAUGAUGAUCAGAGGAAACAUGAAAACUGUUGUUGAUCUCAUUAGAACCCCGACAAAAUAAAAUAACCGUAGUGAUUUGUUUUUUUACUGCAGACAUUUUGACUUUCAGGAGAAGCACAGGUGUUACUAUUAACAUUAAAGAUGGCUUGGUACCAUUUAGUGUCAAAGGAAGCCAGUGAAGCCAGCUAGUAUGCAAAAUAGCAGUGCCUUAACAUUUGCUUGUAUAAAUGAAAUGCUGUUAUUAAUGUUAUUGAUUACACCUGUGUUUUUCUGAAUGAAGUUUGUUAAUGCUGUAAAGUAUUUAUUCAGAAGACAAUGAAGGUCACACACUGCCAUGAAUGAUCUGAUCUGACAUUACGCUGCAAUACAGCUGGUUAUAUUGAUGUCAUUCAUAUUCUAGUUCGACUGGAAGGCUUUUGGAUUUUGUUAAGAAAUUCUGAAGUGUUUUUCCUGGUAUUAAAUGCUGCUUUACAGUUGAAAUUGAAGCCUGGAAAUAUACUGAACAAAAAUUUAAAUGCAACACUUCUUUUUGCUUCAAUUUUUCACAGGUUUGAGUUUAAGAUCCAAGACUUAAAACACAAAACACAAAUCAUGUACUUAUUAAUAAACAGAAACAUGUCUCAUCUCCCUCCUUGCCUCGUGGUCGGCCAUGCUUGUUCAUAAAGGGGGCAUGGCUUUGCUGCAGUCCACUUUAGGAGACAUGGAACACUGUGAUUGACUAAUAGACAUCCCUUCAAUUAAGUCUGUCCAUUUGGGUAGAGUCGGACGACAGUGUUCAUAGAUCUAGACAUCCUAGAAAAGUUUGGUCUGCUGGAAUGGACGGGGAUCUGAACAGGUUAAAACUUGUAAAAAUCCGUCCCAAAACACAUGACCUCAUGUUGCAAGGAUUUGUACACAUGGGCCUUUUUCACAGCAGACAUUUUUGACUUGUCAUAGUGGGAAAAGCACAGGUGUUACAAAUAACAUUGGCUCCAGUGAGUCUCACCGAGAGCAGCACACACAAUAUAUGACCCUGAAAUCAGAGCAGAUAAAUGGAAUUCAGCCAUUAUGGAUAGAAUUAUUUACACCUGUGCUCGUCUACUGUGACAAGUCAAAAUGUCCUCUGUGUAAAAGGCCUUUUUCUGUUCCUACAUGGCCUGCAUACUCACCAGACACGUCACCCAUCAAGCAGGUUUGGGAUGCUCUGGAAUGGCGCGUACGACAGCAUGUUCCACUUCCUGCCAACAUCCAGCAACUUCACACUUCACGCCAUUGUAGGAGCGGGCCAACGUUCAUCAGGUCACAUUCAACAACCUAAUCAGCUCUCUGUGAGAGGCAGGAGGCAAAUGGUGUCACACCAGAUACUGGCUGAUUUUUGGGACUGAUAAAUCCAUUUCUGUCAUGUAAAAUACUGAUAAAUAUCUAUUUUUUCCCAAGAUCAAACUGCACAUUUUAGAUUGUCCUUUUAUUGUGACCAUCCUGAGACACACCUGUGUAGUAGUGAUGCUGUUCAAUCAGUGUCUUGAUAUGCCACACCUGUCGAGUGGAGGGAUAAUCUUGGAAAAGGAGAAGUGCUCACCAACACAUAUUUUCUUUACCAAAGUUCGAGAGAAAUCUGUUGAGUGUAUAGAAAAGUUUUAGUAACUCCCAUCAGGGGCCAGCUGCAUGAAGACUGAUUAUGGCUUAAACUUGCAGUCAGACUCCGAUAGACGUCUCAAUUCAUUCGUCUCACAAAAAUGUAUUAAGUUGAACUACAGUAAUUUGCCAUGAAUUCUGCAUAAAUUGAGACUUUUUUUCAUACUGAAAAACAAGUGUUUUCCUUGUGGAGGAAUUCAAUAGUUAAGACAUUUUACAGGGAAAUUCAGCACCCUUGUAGCGCCCUCUGAUCUGUACCACCAGAGGGUGCGCGUACUACACUGCUGUUAUACUGAUCUGAGCAUAUUAAGACAGGGUGUAUGCAGGUAUAAACAAGUUAAAUUUAAGACUUUUUAAAUACCACUUCAAAUGAAAUUUAAACUUGCGUUAGAAAUACACAACACAACCUAAAACAUUCUCUUUCCAACACCAAGUAAACACACUUUUUUGCAUGUCCUUGGAGGUGAAAACAAUGUAUAUUCAAAACUUUCCUGCAAAAGGUCAAGUGUGUGGAUAUUGGCAGAAAUAUAAUAUUAAGUAUAAGUAUGUAUUCUUUAGUGUGUAAUCACCUGAAAGUAAGCAUUGCUGUGUUUUUGUAACUAAGAAUGAGGUGUUUAUAUCCACAUAGGGCACGGGCAUGUCUACAGAGAUCACCAUGUUGCUACAGUAGCCCAGAACAGACAAACCAAACACUGGCUCUUGAAAGACAGGGGCUGUUCUUGUUUUUCAUGCCGACUUGUGUAGUUAGCAGCCCCUCCACAACAAGCAGCGUCAGACAAAUACUGAUAUUUAAAAUGUGAAACUGCUUCAUUCAGUGUUUGUUUUGGAAAGGAGGAGACCUCUGUGGAUUAUUCAGGUCCUGGUAAAAAAAUGAACACUGAAGGAAUUCUAUAUGGGAGGAGUUUCAUCUGGUUGCAAUCUGCAAUCUCCACCACUAGAUGUCACUAAAACCUUCUCAAUCUUACAUUCUGGACCUGAAGGACAUGGUGUCAUCUGGUAUAAAGGAUUUAAAUUGAAGACCUUUUAAAGCCACUUUAUGAACAUAUUUUAAACAACAGCCCAGAUAAAGUGCAGUCAAAACUUUUCCAAAACAUUUUGUUAGGGCCAGGAAUUUCCUGACCGGGGGAACGCUGCACGUCACAUAUUUAAGACACAAUCAGACUGUUCUUGACAAACAAGAAGCCUUUAUUUUUUUUUAAGUGGAAAACAAAACCGCUGUUUCAUUCAUUAUGAUCCUGAUUAUGCACAAUCAAGUAUCUUAAGUGCACAAUUUAAAUCUAAGGUAAUUUAGAUAAGAAUAUAAGUUCAAAGGAGUUAAUGAUUGAUUUCCUGUAUACACGCAAGCCUUUGAUAAAAACCUCAAAUUAUCACAAGUCCUGUCAUUCUGUUUCUGAGCUGGAUGAGCAGGUUGACUGAAAAGGUUAAAGGCAACCCUCCAAGUCUGAAAAAUCUCUCUCCUGCACACUUAAAAUGAGAUCCAGCAGAAACAAACCGCAGCAUAGAGAGGGGGCAUGGGGCAUGUUAGUCGAACACAAACAGGUCUGCAGUCCCUCCUGAGGUGGAAUGGUCCCACAUUAGAGCAGUAUUCAAAGCACAUGGAAAUGUCAUCUGAAUGCAAAUUUAUUUGGAGAGUCCUGCAUAGGCUUAGCUGGAAUCGUGUGUAAAAUACUCUCUUGGGUUUUUCUUCAAGAAACAGCCCUGAAGUGUGUGUGCGGGGACACGACGUAGUGUUUCAGGAUUGUGGUCAUGGUAGCGGCAGUCUCAUGUUCAAAUAUAGAGGAACAUAGUAGCGUUUUGUGUGUGUGUGUGUGUGUGUCUGAAUAUACAAUAAUUAAAUGCAUUUUACAGUCGGACAGAAGAAGCUGCUCACACACAUCAAAAGGAAGAGGUUCUACAUUAAUUUCUUCUCACUACAGAGUGCAAAUCAGAUGCUUCACAACAGACCUUUUCUUUUUUAAACUGAGAAGAGGACUAGCUCUUCCCACAAGCCCCCCCGCCCAUUGUACAUAAACCAUUUCCCAUUCAAAUAAAAUAGACAAAAGAAAAAUUAAUCUAGUCAACACGGAAUGUGAGAAAAUUAAUCUUUGUGAUUCGAUCUUUUUCUUUGACAACAGAAAUAAAACUGAGUCCUUCAUGACAGUUUAAAAAGGGGGAAA